AUGCCGCAAUCUUACUCGAGGGCUCCGAAAAAUGCAUGCCACGAAAAUUUAAAUGGUCUCAGUACGGCACCUAGCGAACAUGAUGGCGCGCUGCGCGGCGAGGUAGAACUGCGCGGGCGCGGCACGGAGUCAGCGUUUCUCCACGAGCUCCACUCGACGCUGGCGCCCCCUGCCGCGCCCGACCACCACUGGCAGCACACGCUUCUCCUCAUUCUCAAGGGGCUCGUCUUCGCUACCGUCAUCCUCGGGGCAAUAUUUGGCAACGCCCUUGUCAUCAUCUCAGUUCAUCGACACAGAAAACUUCGCGUCCUCACCAACUACUACGUCGUCAGCCUUGCUGUCGCUGACAUGCUCGUUGCUUUAUGCGCGAUGACGUUCAACGCCAGCUCAGAACUUACAGACGAUUGGCUCUUCGGCCCGCUGGUCUGUGAUAUCUACAAUUCCCUCGACGUCUACUUCUCCAGCGCCUCCAUCCUUCAUUUAUGCUGUAUCUCAGUUGAUAGAUACUAUGCUAUCGUCAGGCCUUUAGAAUACCCCGUUACUAUGACCCACAGAACCGUAUGCUUCAUGCUCGCAAACGUUUGGUUGUGGCCAGCCUUCAUCAGCUUCGUACCAAUACUUAUGGGUUGGUACACGACAGAGCAGCACAGACAAUACAGAAAAGCUAACCCCGAUGUGUGUAUUUUCAAAGUGAACAUAGUGUAUGCUAUAGUUUCCUCAAGUGUAUCUUUCUGGAUACCUAGCGUAGUAAUGAUUUCGAUGUACUGCAGAAUAUUUAGAGAAGCGAUUAGACAAAGAGAAGCAUUAACGCGCACUUCGUCCAACAUACUUUUGAACUCGGUUCAUAUAAAGCAUACGUCCCAUAAUGCGCACCAUUCCCAUUAUCUGCAUCCUGAUCGAAGGCCUUCAGAUAUUAGUCCGAACUACAGUACUUUUACUGAAGUCGGGCCGGAAGAGACUGAGUUUGGUGGAGAAGUUGUGAUGUCGCUAGCCGACAUAUGUCCGAGUAAAGAGGCGAGUCCUAGAAAGUCUGUGAAUGUGAGCUGUGAUACUGCCAGUUCGGGUUACUGCUCGGGAGGAUCGAAUAAGAGAUCGUCAAGUGGUCAGCCACCGCCCGGUUGGAGAGCUAGUUGUUCUUCAGCAGUCGCCACGAGGGAUUUGGCCAAAGCUGCAACAGAACUGAAUGCGCAAGGCGCAUCAUUACGAGCAGCAGGCAAGUCUUGGAGAGCGGAGCACAAAGCUGCCAGAACAUUGGGCAUCAUUGUUGGAGCAUUCCUGCUGUGCUGGCUUCCAUUUUUCCUAUGGUACGUCACAACGAACGUAUGCGGUGAGCCGUGCGAGACCCCUUCAGUUGUCGUCGGCGUCUUGUUCUGGAUAGGAUACUUCAACUCGGCGCUCAACCCAUUGAUCUACGCGUACUUCAACCGGGACUUUAGGGACGCGUUCAAGAACACCCUGAUGUGCGCCCUGCCAUGCUGCUUCACCUGCUGGAAGGACACCGGCACCGCUCAGUUCGUGUAG